UCAAUAAUUUAUCAUAUACCAAUAGGAUAUUCGAUUUAUAUUAAAUUUUAUUCAAAUGCAUUUAUCUGUAACCCAAUUGCACGUCAUUUACCUCCCACGUGUGGCUCACGUGGAAGCACAAGAUAUCAUCCCUUCUCAUUCUUUCCCCCCCCAACAAAUCAUCAUCCCUUGCUGCAGAGCCUCCCAAGUGCUCAAUCGAGGCCGUUUGCUGUGGGGGAGACAUGCUCUGCUCUUCCACCCUGGCCUUCUCUCCGCCCUCCUCCCCUGCCGGUCCACCGGCCUCCAGAAAGGUCAGUAGAAUCACCGCCAUGGUUAGAGCUCAACCGCUGCAAGUACAGCCUGGCGUUCCUCCAUCCGCGCCCACCUCGCUGUGUCCGUCUCCAUCUCGAGUUCUUGGCGUUGCCAUCCCUUUAGCCGCCUCCGUUUGCCUUCUCCUGUGGUCGAAUCCAGUGGAUGCUGGAAUUCUAUCCGGUUUCUCGGGCUUCGAGUCGGUCCCUGGUCCCCAGCUACCACGGAUCAAUUUCCUUGAAGAAUGGAAUGAGAAAAACCAGAAGAAGUACGCUGAGUUUGAUUCAAGAUUCAAAUCAUCAUCCGUGCUUAAAGAGCUUUUGGAAAAAUCCAAAUUGAAUAAAGAAAGAAACAGAACUCAUGGAUAUAUAGUGGGAGAACCUCCUGGACUGGAAGAGAUUUUAAUCAAGAUACUAGAGGAUAGUAGAUAGGAGUUACCUGCAUUACCUCCUGGACUUGAGAGAUUUUAAUCCAUAUCUGCUCUUUCGGAAUCUUUGCAAUUCCAAUGAUGCUCCCUUCUGUUGCAAUGAAAUUGACAAGAUAUGUUGAUGGUAAUGAAGUAUCUGUGCUUCAGAUAGCUUUAGUCUACAUUGAAGAGUUUAUAUAGAUUUGAGAUAUAUAUCUCUUAUUCUACUCUUGUGAGGACUCCAUCACAGACAUUUGAAGAAACUUGUGUAUUCUUUCCGUUGCUAGCUUA